CUCUCGACAGUCUGUUUCAAGAUGGCCGCCUGAGUGGAGAAUUUACACAUCUCCAAUAAAACUAAUCCAACAGCUAGCUUCCCUCUCAACUUUACCUGCCUUCUCAGACAAUGAGACGACGACCCGGGAGACAUUUGCUCCUGUUUUAAAGCGGGACAUGAGCACAGUCGCUGAGGACGACGUCGGAGUUAUGGAAUAAAACAGAGCUGGAAUCGGAGGGGGUUAAGGGCCCUUUGUUUUAGCCCAGCAUGGACAGCUUCUUCAAGGCAGCUGUUUGUGAUCUGGACAAACUGCUUGAUGACUUUGAGCUCAAUACUGAGGAACUCGACUGUAAAUCUGUUUUCCUGAAGCCCGCUGUGUACCCCUUCUCCUCACUGGGUUUAUCCUCCGAGGCGUCCACCGUCCCACCAAACCUCCCCGACCUUAACUCUCUUCAUUAUGGUUCUGCCACCAACUGUCCUGACCGCUCCAGCAGUCAGAACCGCAGCGCUGAUGACAGGGAGGUCAAAGGUCAGCCUCUUACUGGCGUGGACCUUCUCUCCUCUGUGGAUCGCAGGCCACCUAAAAGCUCAGCCCCUCCCUGCCCCGACAGAGCUCUGAAGCCGGUGUGUGACCUCGUGAACGACACCAGCUCAGCCAUCCUGGUCAGGGCCAACAGCCACGAUGCUUUCAGUGAGCUGGACAUGGUGGAGAAGCAAAUGGAGGAGGAGGAGACGCUGCUCGUGGACUUUGACAGCCCUGUGGUCACUGUGCGAGGAGAGCAGCAAGGACGGCCGAGCCAAAGUGUGGACGUAACAGAAGAGCAGGCGUCUGCAGGGAAAGACGGGCUUCUGGGUUCGGAUUCCCAGGAGCAGAGCGGUGGAUACUCUGCCUCGCUCAGUCUGCUGGAUGUUAUUCUUCCUGCUGCAGUGGAGAGGAGCUGUGAGUCCACAGAUGAUUCACUGGCACCAAGGAUCUCUGAGUCAGCUGACAAAGACGAGAGGGACUGUGAGGAGGAGGCUUGCACAAACCAGGUAGUGGUUAACUCUUUAGACCACUGUGAACCGGAGCCCACUCUGCCUGUUGAUAGCAUUAAAGAGACAACAACAACCUCAGUGAGUAAAGAAGAGGAGUCACAAGAAAUUUCGGAUAAAGGCGAAGCUGAGUCUCUUGAUGGUCCAAAGUCAGAAGCUUCAGACAGCGAAGCGAUGGGCCUAUCCUGCCUGCCUAUAGCUGUGUCCAUGUGUGGCGCUCUGGUGAACACAAAGACAGCAGAGGACGAGUCGGGACAAGCUUCAGAGCAGUGCGAUGAGGCUGCAGACGUCUCUGAAAGCACUGAGGCAGACUCCCUGUCAGCCCUGGAAGCAAGGGAGGACAGAUUGCAUUUAGAGGAACCCGUUGACUCAUCAGUGUCCGAGCAGGCUGCAGAGGGCAGGGUGUCACCAGAGGGGCAGCAUCUCGCCCUCGAACCUGCUGCUGUUGCCCCUCCUGCAGAACUCGCCUCCUGCGAACACUCAGAACCCAGCCCCGUUGAUCCUCCAGAGUUUGGUUUCGAAUACCUUCCUGAGAGCGACCAGGCCGAGCUCCUGGUUACAGACGAGGAGCUGGAUGCAUUCCUGCAGGCACACGCAGAAGCAGAGCAGGGUGGUGUCUCUUACUGCGGUGGCGGCUCGGGAGAUUUCACUCAACCUGAGAGUCUCUCAGAGUCAAACGGAGAUCUGGAGGGCAGGCUGGUGGAAGAGGAGCUGAGGAGCUGUGGUCGAGGUAGACGGGAGGAUCUGGAGGGUCUGGCUUUUCCAGAGAGUGACAGAACAAUGUGUGUGACUGUAGAGGGAAGUUCAAACCCUGGUGCUCCAUCACAAGACUCCUGCAGACCUCCUUGCCAAGAAGAGCCAGAACCCUCCUCUGAGGUAAACCAUUCUGUAACCAGCAACACUUUCCAGUCCCAGCACAGCAGUAGCCCUGAUCAGCAGCCCUCCUAUGGAGGUGCAAGACCUAAACAGCUACACUGCCAAACUGCACGAUCUCCACCAGCAGGAGAGGAAGGAGAGGAGCAGGCGCAGACGCUCAGCACUGCUGAGGAUGAAGAGAGUUCACCCUCAAGUCUUACAGAGGAACAUUCCAACAAUAGGGAUUUGAGCCCUAUGUACGCCACUCAGGAGCAUCAGGACUACAGUGUGGGGUUUGAUGAACUCUCAGAGCCCCCACCUUACCCCGGGGAGUCACCCACAGAUGGAGCCAGGUCGGUGAACUGGAAGAGAGAAGGAGUAGAGGAGCUGGGGAGCAGACAGCCUGCCUGGGUGCCCGACUCUGAAGCUCCCAACUGUAUGAACUGCUACCAGAGGUUCACCUUCACCAAGAGACGGCACCACUGUCGAGCCUGCGGGAAGGUUUACUGUGCCGGUUGCUGCAACAGGAAGUGUAAGCUGAAGUACCUGGAGAAGGAGGCUCGUGUGUGUGUCGUCUGCUUUGAUACCAUACACAGAGCCCAGGCCCUGGAGCGGAUGAUGAGUCCUUCGGGUCCCAGUCCCAACCCCAACGUCCCGUCUGAGUACUGCAGCACCAUCCCCCCUCUGCAGCAGGCUCGAGCCGCCGGCACCCUUAACUCUCCUCCGCCGACCGUCAUGGUGCCUGUGUCCGUUCUCAAACACCCAAACAACGACAGUUGUCCUCGUGAACAGAAGCGCGUGUGGUUCGCUGAUGGCAUCCUGCCCAACGGAGAGGUGGCAGACACAACCAAGCUGUCGGUGACGAGCCGGCGGAGCUCCCAGGAGUUCAGUGCCGUCUCUCCGGACCAAACACCUGGCUCUGCAGGGUCAGAGGUUGGAGUCGGUGGCUCCUCCGCUCCUGAAGCUUCAGGGGCUGUGGAGGUGGUUCGACCUCCGCUGUCUGGACCCUGGGACUACGCCCUGCUCUCUGGGAUCGGUACUUCAGUGAAGAGGGUUCCCAGUCUGCUGCCAGACAACGAGGAUGAACUCCCACCACUGCUCAUCAUCACUGGAGAGGAUGAAGCUGGAGAUGUGUUGGUUGAGGAAAGUCCCGCCCCGUGUCAGAUCCUGCACUUAUUAGAGGAGGGAGGACCCCGACCGCUGACAUUUGUUCUCAAUGCCAACCUGCUGAUCAACGUCAAACUGGUCACAUACUCCGGUCGGCAGUGUUGGUGUUUCGGCUCUAACGGGCUGCAGGCUCUGGGCCAGAGAGAGCUGGUGUUCUUGUUGGAGUGUUUGCCAGAAGAAAAAACUCUCCCCAAAGACCUCUUCACGCUCUAUCUCAACAUUUACCAAGAAGCCCAGAGAGGGAAGUUCCUGGAGGAGCUGGAUAACGUGACGUUCACCAACAGUUUUCUGGGCAGUAAGGACCACGCUGGGAUGCUCUUCUUCUCUCCCACCUGUCAGCCUCUAGAUGGCCUCACUCUCCCCGCUCAGCCUUUCCUGUUCGGCCUGCUCGUCCAGAAGCUGGAGGUGCCCUGGGCCAAAGUCUUUCCUCUCAGGCUGCUUCUGCGGCUUGGAGCCGAGUACAGCGUGUAUCCCACGACGUUGACAAGUGUCCGUUUUCGGGACUCUGUGUAUCGAGAGACGGGACACACCAUCAUGAAUUUACUGGCUGACCUGAGGAACUACCAGUACAGCCUGUCAGUGGUGGAGGGCCUGAGGAUCCACAUGGAGAUGGGCCACAGCUACAUUGACAUCCCCAAAAUUAGCUUCAACGAGAUGCAGAAGGUGGUGAAUGCGUCCAACGAGCACGUCAUCAGCAUCGGAGCGAGGUUAAGCUUGGAGGCCGACUCUCACCUGGUGUGUUUCCAGAACGAGGAGGGAAACUAUCAGACGCAGGCCAACAGCAAGCCUGGGAAGACCCGCACAGUGACUGGGGCCAGUUUUGUGGUGUUUAACGGAGCCCUGAAAGCCUCCUCAGGCUACAUCGCCAAGUCCAGCAUCGUUGAAGAUGGGUUGAUGGUGCAAAUCCCUCCAGAGACCAUGGAGUCUCUGCGCACCGCCCUGAGGGAGCAGACGGACUUCCACAUACCCUGUGGCAGGAACGAUGGAGGGGAGCUCCGAGAAAACGUCACUGUCCGCUGGGUCGACUGGAGUUCACCUGUCAACACGGGCAAAACGAGCGGGGUCGACGGCCGACCUCUGGAUGGAGUCACCAGUGUGAGGAUGCAGCAGGACACGGAGUUUGAGUCAGAUGGGCGCACCAUCAGAUGCACCGAGGUGUUCUACCAGCUCAAGACUCCAGACUGCAGCCUGGCGUCGGUGCUGUCGUCCUGCAGUGUGUUUCAGAAGGAGAUGGCUCUGGCCGCCUGCAGCGCUCUGACUCCUCACCUCGCCGUCCUCACCUCCAGCGGCAUCAACUCGCUGUCUCUUCGUAUCUCCACACAGGCGGACAUGGUGGAGUACCAGGCGGGCUCCGGGGGCAGGCUCCUCCCUCAGCGCUACAUGAACGAGCUGGACAGCGCUCUGAUCCCCGUCAUCCACGGAGGUAGCGCCAGUGUACCACAGACUGCCAUGGACAUGGAGUUCAUCUUCUACAUCACACACACCAUCUAACACACACACACACACACAUGCAGACACACGUCAGACGGUGGUUGAGCACAGAGAGCGAAGCUGUUGACUGCGGCGGGACGUGUUAAUGCACAGUUGGACAUGCAGCCAUUCACAGCGGACACGUCGCCGCCGGCACAACAUUCCCACUCUGAGGUCGGGGUGUAAACUGAUUUUCUGUUGAGGAGGUGUCGUGUGUUUGUGUGUUUUUCCGUGCUCACCAAAGCUGCUUUAAAUACAAGAAGCCAAACACUAAACAAGGAUUACAACAACAACAACAACAACGAUGACAACAUGACCAAAAUACAACCAAACCGUUUCUUCUUCUGCUCUGCCUUCCAGGCUCCCCGCUGGCCUCCGUCAGCUCGGAGCACCUCAGUGAAUGUUUCCCACAGACGCUCUCUGGAAAUGUCUCUCAUUUGGAUGUAUUUAUUAUAUUUUAAUACAGGCUCAUUGAAUGAAAUGAUGACACAUCGCUGACCGCAGUAACUUCAGAGGGUGAUACUUGUGAUCAGGUGCUGGCCCCAUUCUUAAAAACCGCAGGGAUGAAAAGAAAUCGCAUCUCAUUUCCUCUCAAGGUUCUGUGCUCUCAUCACACAUGCUGGUUUAUGAUGACGCUGCACAGGGACACGCUCGGGGCCUCGUGCAAGAACGUUUCCCCAAACUUCUCUCUGAAGUUUUGCUCGUUUGAUUAUUUCACGUUCACCAAACUCUGCGCAGACUUGUCUCAUUUCCACCUGACACGAGAUGAGAUAAUUAGCGUAAUCGGUCUGCUUUAUUUUUUGGUUUAAUUCGCACAAAUGUCACCGAAGAGUUAAAACAGGAACUUUGAAAAUAAACGAUAAAAACAGGAAAUAUUUCAAAAUGUCCAUGGUGGCACGAGGGCACCGAAACUGACGGACAUAACGGAGGAAAGUUCUGACGUGAUGGUGGUGUGUCGACAUGAUGCUCAUCGAUCUAAAAUUAAAGGAGUCUCUAUCCUUCUAUACAUCUUGUCCUUUAGUUUUCUCAACUACACACUUGGCAGGUGUUUUGCUCGCAACCCAAGGAAGUGCAGUAUCGAGUGUAAAGCUGUUUGGGUGAACAGUUCUUAAACAGUCGGCCUGUUCCAGCAGGUAGCAUCUAUCAGUUUUCCCACCCACUUUAGAUGAAACCACGCCCACUUUUGUAAGAAGUAGAUGUAGCUAAAUAUGCUAGCUACAGUAGCUUAAAAUUUUUUUUUUUAAUAUUUCGAACUGACUUUGAUGAAUUAACUUUUGUCGGACCCCAAAUGAGACAAUUAUUAGCUGGGUAAUGCCCCGGGGGUAAACUUGUGUAACAGCAGCAACAGAAAGUUUGCUGGUCAACUGAGGCGUCUUGGGCAUUCAGGUUCAGACCUCCGGCGUUUUACGUCUAAAAAAUGACUUUAACAUGUCUCCGCAAUUCAAAACAGUUCCCAGUCUUCACUCGGAAGUCAGAGGAUGUUGACCUGCACAGAGACGCGAUGAGGCAGCUGAAUUUAGUUGCUAUGCAAAAGUAUGCAUGUAAAAAGUUGUUAAAGCUCGCAGUAAACUUGCAGGAGAGAAGAAUAUUGAUUUAGCCAGAAGCUUAUUUUUCUUGCACGAGGCCCGCUGUGUGUCAGUAACAGUGUCAGAUGAAGCUCAGCUCAUCAUCACAGGAGGAUAAAUGUGUGUGACCAGUUGGUUUCGUCACUUUGUGAGUGAUUAUCUGUCAUCUGGAGCUUCCUCUUCAUCAUUCACAAAUUAUUUUGCUAACAGUGAAUGUGGCCGGUGCAUCCUGUCCCAGAUGAAACUCAUUGAAAACUCUCCGUUCUGUCACCUUUGGUCUCUGCUUUACUUUGAUUGUCUAGACUUCUUUAUACUUUUUAAUCGAGCAGCACAGCGUCGUCUUUCGUUGUUCGUCAGUAUUUCCAGCUCAAACACCAAAUAAUUUUUUUUUACUUUCAGAGAUUUUAUGAUGUCUGCUUCAGUUCUUUGAGUCUCAGUUAAAUGAUCAGAUUUUGCACAGCUGAUGAGAUUGCUGCGCCACAUUCUGUGGCCCUUUGAGCAAUUUGAAAAUCAUCUCACACCUUCUUAUGUCGUCAUUAACAUUGGUGAUUAUAAACGUGCAGGCUUUUUGACGUUUUGGGAAAUGCACUUCUGUUUCCAGGACUGAGAAGAGAAGAUCGACACUACUCUCAUGUGUUUGGUGCCCUGAGCUCAGCAGGAGUCUCCUCAGUAACUCAAAGUGUUUUACCGAACAGUACAAAGCAUCACGAUUUAAAUUUAUUUCAUGUAUUCUCACAGCAGCUUUCAGGCACUUUUAAACCCUCAACAUAGCAGUGUCACUCCAUUUCUUCUUCACCAGCUUCUUUUCCACAAAAUUUAAAGCUUGAUCUGAACUGCCAGAUUCCCCCAACGAGUGCUGUGGUUAAUAAACACUCUUUAAAGUCAGAAUAUAAAAGCGCGGAGAGGUUUCAUGCCUGUAAAAUAAAACCAUGUUAGCAUGAACUGUUUAAAGUAGCUUUGCAGAAGUCAGCUCUGUCGUUUUCUCCAUUUAUAAAACCGCCAUCUUGUCCCAAAUGUAUAAAAGAUGAACUGUAUGCAUAGAGAUUUUGUUUUGUUUUAAUAACGAAGAGUUAUUUUUGGAAUCAUUGGUAUAAAAGUUUUAACUAAACAAAAUAAGAGUUCAUAUUUUUGAUAGGACGAUAAUAGGCUACAUUCAUUUUGCAGUUUGUGCGGAGACGUUCCUUGAAGCACUUAGACGAGGAGAAAACACGCAGAAAUAAUCUUGUCACAAGGUGGAAACUAUAUAAUCCCAGGAUGCAAUGUGUAAAGAUUAAUGUGCAGGCUUUGAUCUUAUAAUACAGAUAAUACAGUUUUACUUCUGAUGUUGACUUCAAAACGUCUUGAUGCUCAGAUAUUUAAUAUUUAGUGGCUGUUUCUCUGUAAUAAAUCAAUAGUUUUUAAAUAAUCGACAAAACCAUUAUUUUCAUGCAUUCAUCAUAUAAAACAAGUAAAUGCAACCUGCGUGUUUGUCACCUGUUCACCUCUGUAUUUAGUUGCUGAAUUCAGUCACUCGUGGAUUAAAUUGAGUCAGGUGCAGUGUUCCUCUGGGACGUCUGUCACUGAGGUGGUUUGACUUAACGCUGUUAUCAGGAGAUUUGGGACAAAGUUCAGUGUAAAUUUACCUGCAGAGAAUCAUCUUUGUUUAAUGUUGCCCAGUUUACAACUGAUUUGAGUUACCUUUGCCCCACAUCCGUCAUGUUCAGUAAACACCAGAGAGGUCAGCCGCCAUAACUGACUGUUUGGAUUUUAAUGGUGUCCGUCCACCACUUUGGUUCAGACUCAAGUAUCCACAGACUGUGUAAAAGAAGUGGACGUAGCCACCAUGACGUCACCCGUUCGUGGACUGCGGCCGCCAUCUUGGUUUUUUAGAGCUGAACUGAAAACACACUGUCGGAGGGUCAAAGGACAACACUCGAACAAAAGUUCAUGGCUGUUAAGACACUUCAAUGGAUACACAUUGCUAUGCCAGGUGACAGGUCACCGUGUCAGUCACAAAAUAGCCACGCCCUGAAAAAUACCAGCUUUAUGGUCAAGUAUUUCUCUAAAUGGGACCAUAAUUUACAAAAUGAACAUCAUGCUGUAUUGAAGAAGACUUGAAACUAGAGAUUUAGACCAGAAACUUGAGGAAAAAGUUUCCUCGCGGGUGAAAAUUGAUGGUUGUUGGACCCUUCCACCCCACCCCACUCGAAUUUUUGCUUCCUAACUUUUGCUGCUCUCCCGCCGCAUCUCCUCCUGACGUCGCUGGGUGCUGUUAAACAAUAAUGCCUACUGGUCGCGUAUAGUGUCGUCAUGAAAGGACAGCUUUUUUCAUGGAUGUCUGACAUCGGAAGUCACUGAGCAAGAGCCAGUAUUUGACGACUUCAGAGCAAUCUGGGUCGAUGUUAACUGUGACAUUAAGUGGAUACCAAAAUAAGUUUAAAACACACCAUACUUGAUCAGGCAGAUUGUGGUUGAAGCAGCCUGGAGAGUGUUUUGCUCGCUGCUUCUGCGUUGCUGAGCACCACGAAUUUUCUGCUCUGUGCGUCUCGCGUUUUUGGAGGAGCAUCUUGAACGCCUUCAGUCAACUUCACCUCAAAGCCUUUAACAUUAACUCAGACUUGAAAAGUCCCAGACGUCGCUGUUUUUUACACUGUCCAAUCAGAUGAAUUGAGAGGUGGGCCUUCUGUGGUGGUGAGGACAACAAGUGGUAUGGAUUGCGUAAGCUAACGUUAGCUCACUUUCACCAUCGUCCUUGGCAAGUAGGCAAGCUGCAAAACAUAACUGAACAAACUGUUGCCUCAACUACGUUCUAACAUUUUCAACUCGAGGAGUUCAGAGCCAGGCGCCCAGAGCGCAGAAACCCCAGGCGUGUAGCAACACAAAAACAGCGAUUGAGCUUUUACAUUAAAAACAGCAACAGAGUGGCUAAAACGCUUUCUGUGUGAUGGGGGCCGAAGGCUUCACUUUCCAGACUCGGAGGCUACAUCCACUUCCUUUAAGCAGUCUCUAACGUUUCCUCCAGCGCCACCAUCAGGUCGAAGUUUUCACACAAAAUUCAGAAAUAUCUCAUUUAAAAGCAACUGAAACUUUAUCACAUUGUACAUGUUUGAUCUCAUCGCUCAUGUCUUCAUUAUCCACUCCACCUGACUGAUUUUGGUAGUUUUCUGAGUCGUCUGAAGAAGAAACACCACGGCCUGUGCUUAACAGCGACAUCUGAUGCUCAACGUAAACCAAACUGGUUAAAGCUGACACGUUUCACCUGCUGUGCAAAUAACCUCUGAAACAUUGAUGGGAAGUUUCUGGACAGCGGAUUGAUCUCCACUAACCUUAUUUUCUUUAUUUGAACUUUGGAGCUUUGGAAACUGAAUAAUUUUAAGAAUAUAUAUUUUUCUCCAUGUUAUACAUUUAUCUAUCAGGGCGGUGAUAUUUUGGGAGGUAAAUUAUUAUAUUUUCUUUCCAGGGUGAUCGAAACAUUUUUGUCAAAAAGAGAAGAACUUUUCUGCUUUAUGAUUGUGUCCUUUGUGUAAAUCAUCUAUUUAUUCAUACGCACCAGCUUUUUAUUUGGUGAACCUGGUAUCUGGGUCCGAAUCAUCAGUUUCUGAACAGCUCGUGUAUUUAAAGAAUAAAAUGAGUUUUAUGACAAAAGAAAAA